UGUGUGUGUGUGGGUGUGUGACUGCGACCUCCCCCAUUGUAAGCUCAUACUUCCUUGGAAGAUUGUGGAUGUGUGUCAGACUGAGGAAUGGAGCAGAGAGCAACCACAUCUGGGACACAGGGAAUGGAGGGGACACAGGGAAUGAAUGGGACACAGGGGACAGAAGAGGCACAUGGGGUGAAUGGGACACAGGGGCUGAAUGGGACACAGGGAGCAGGUGUGGAGAAUCCAGCCUUUCAAACUCAGGAAUUCAUUUGUAUUGAUUUGGUGGAUGACAGACCGACAGAGGAGUGCAAGGAUGGAACAGAGCACAGUCACAGAAAAAGAUUCUUGGAGAAGAAACUCGAGGCUUUUCAUCGGCGUCUGGAAAAGCACAAACGGAAACUCCACCUUUUCUUCGGAGGGGCGUUCCUGGCAGGGUAUGUUGCCAUGGUGAUUGCGGCGUGCGUGCUGAACUUUGAGCGGGCCGUAGCGCUCCUGGUGCUCACCCUGGUGGGGGCUUUCUUCCUGGCGUGGGACGCCCUGAUGCGGCGGUACGAGCCCCGCCUGCAGAAGCUCCUGAAACCGGCCGGACGCGCCAUCCAGAAGCAGCAGCACUGGCUCAAAUGGGUGGUGCUGGUGCUGCUCCUGGUUGCUGUGGUUUGCUGGCUGGUAUUGGACACAGCCAAACAAGGCGCCCGACCGCUGGUCUCUUUCGCUGGCCUCAUCACAUAUGUGCUGCUGAUGGUCAUCUUCUCCAGGAAUCCUUUCAGGGUGUCGUCCCGAGUGGUGGUGUGGGGGGUUGCGCUGCAGUUCCUGUUCGGGCUGCUGAUUCUCAGGACGAAGGCGGGGUUCACUGCAGUUGAAUGGCUGGGGCAGCAGGUGGAGGUUUUCCUGGCGUACACAGACGAUGGCUCUAGGUUUGUUUUUGGUGACAAAUUCACAGACCAUUUCUUUGCAUUCAAGGUCCUGCCCAUCGUGGUAUUCUUCAGUACAAUAAUCUCCAUGCUGUAUUACCUGGGCUUCAUGCAAUGGCUCAUUCUGAAGGUUGGGUUUAUCAUGCACGUCACCAUGGGAACAUCUCCUGCGGAGUCGAUGGUGGCAGCGGGGAACAUAUUCGUGGGACAGACGGAGUCGCCACUCCUGAUUCGUCCAUACAUAAACCAGCUGACCAUCUCAGAGAUCCACGCGGUGAUGACAGGCGGCUUCGCCACCAUCGCUGGCAGCGUCCUGGGAGCCUUCAUCUCCUUUGGGAUCCAGGCAUCCCACCUGCUCACAGCCUCAGUGAUGUCAGCUCCUGCCUCCCUCGCCAUUGCCAAAGCCUUCUGGCCUGAAACGGAGACACCGAAAAUCACCAGGAAGGGCUUGACCCUGGAGAAAGGGGAAGGCAGGAAUCUUCUGGAAGCAGCCUGUCACGGGGCCUCGGCCUCCAUCAUGCUGGUGGCCAAUAUCGCUGUGAACCUCAUCGCCUUCCUGGCCCUGCUCAGCUUCCUCAACGCUGCCCUCUCCUGGCUGGGGAACAUGUUUGACUACCCCCAGCUCAGCUUCACUCUCAUCUGCUCAUACGUCUUCAUGCCCUUCUCCUUCCUGAUGGGCGUGGCCUGGGACGACAGCUUCAUUGUGGGAGAGCUGAUUGGCUUAAAGACCUUCUUUAAUGAAUUUGUUGCAUACGAGCGCCUGUCUGAGCUUAUUCAGAAGAGGAAUGACGGGGGACCGGUGUAUGAGGAUGGCGUCAAACAGUAUCUCUCUGUUCACUCUGAAACCAUAGCAACGUACGCACUGUGUGGCUUCGCCAACAUCGGGUCCCUGGGUGUGAUGAUUGGCGGCCUAUCUGCCAUGGCCCCGGAGAGGAGAGGCGACAUCUCCAGGUGUGCGAUCCGGGCGCUGGUGGCCGGGACUGUGGCCUCCUUCAUGACGGCCUGCGUGGCAGGAAUUCUGUACAUACCUCCGUUUGACUGUCAAGGCUUCCUGGUGGACCAGUUAAACUCCUCCACGGUGGCUAACAGCUCAGACCUGCACCAGUGCUGCUUGGACGUCUAUCGCUGGACGACGGUAAUCAGUCCCUCCAAUGUCACCAUUGGGGGAGGGUACUCACUGGACAUGCUCACCAACUGCUGCUCUGUCACAAAUACCACAACCCUGCCCUGCAACUACACCCUUCCCUAAAGACCACACCCAGAGCCCCACCCUGCAGCUACACCCUUCCCUAAAGACCACACCCACAGCCCCACUCUGCAGCUACACCCUUCCCUAAAGACCAAACCCAAAGCCCCACCCUGCAACUCCACCCUUCCCUAAAAGCCACACCCACAACCCAACACUGCAGCUACACCCUUCCCUAAAGACCACACCCACAACCCAACACUGCAGCUACACCUUUCCGUAAAGACCACAAGCACUGCCCCACUCUGCAGCUACACCCCUCCCUAACAACCAUGCCCACAGCCCCACCCUGCAGCUACAAUCUUCCCUAAAGACCACAAGCACUGCCCCGCACUGCAGCUACACCCCUCCCUAAAGACCAUACCCAUAGCCCCACACUGCAACUCCACCCUUCCCUAAAGACCACACCCACAACCCAACACUGCAGCUACACCCUUUCUUAAAGUCCACACCCACAGCCAGCCUUGCAGGUCCAGAUUUAUCAAUUAUCUACACUGGAAACUCCCCAUUUUGAGGCCUGCAGGCUUAAGUUCAGUAUUGCCCAAUAGUUGGUACAAAUUUGCAUUGUUUACAAAAUUAGCUUGUGCACUAAUGCCUAACCACAGCAAAAAUAGUUUGGUAGCUGGCAGCUACAUUGCUAGACAGUCUGUUAAUUAACUGGAACUGUUUGCAGCAGCCUAUAAUGUUAGCCGCUAACACCAAUAUAGUUUUUAGCUGUGUAGUUACAUGCUUUCUUGCACAAUAGAUAGCCAGCUUGUUUACGAGCAGGCAGAAAAAUGGA